ACUUGGAACAUGUCUUGUGUGUCAUAUCAUUCAUUAUGUCUGUGUUUAGCUGCUUUUCUGGGAGAAGAAGUCUUUGUUUCCAAUGUAAACCUGCACAAGGGACCUCAACAAACUCAAAAUACAAGAAUUCUCCGGGUGGUUUGUUUUUGGGGGGGGGAUUUUCAAAUGGGUUGAGGCUUAUUGACAAUGCGCUUGUUCUGGUGGCAACAGCUGCCUCUGCUUCUUCUCAUCCAGAUUUUGGAACCCAGCAGAACAAGCUACAAAAUUUAUGCUGAAGCUGUACUAAGUUUUAAGAGAGGAGGUGGAAGUCCUCAACUGUUUGAUGGUCGAACUGGAAGAUGUCCUUGUCCAAGACAAUGGAAAAUUGUCAACUGUCACAAACUGAAGGACCCUUGCAUUUAUCCUCUGUUUUCUGGUAUCUGUUCAGUUUCUUUGCGGACUAACGCAGUCAGUUUGCCACCUUUUGCUCCAAGACUUUUCGUUACGCACCCUUCAAUUCAACUACGAAAAGAGCACCAUAAACCAAGAAGCAGGAGGAUAGAAGCCAUAGUUGAUGGGGAUAACGUUACUCCAACACUCACACCCGUGGAAGAAGUUCGUGGUAACCAUUCAUCAAAACGGAAAGUUGCAGCAAUUACCGGUGGAGUUGUUGCCACUCUGCUUGUGAUUAUCAUAGUGAUGCUCGUUUACAUCUGCUUGAUGCGUGUAAAAAGAUUAACUAGGCGAACAUCUGAGACAGCGUCAUCUCCACCAUCACCCACUGUUCAGUGGGAAAGAGGGGACACAUCUCCCUACGCCGUUGCUCAUUCUCCAUACAGUGCACCAAACUUGAGGCAACUCACAAUAUUGGAAUUGGAGCAAGCGACGCGCAAUUUCAAUGAAAUUAAUAUCAUAGGCCAAGGUAGAUUUGGUUUGGUCUACAAGGGAUUGCUCCAAGAUGGAACUAUUGUGGCUAUCAAGAGACGCCUACAUGCCCCAACUCAGUAUUUCUUUCAUGAGGUGAAGCACGUAGCUCGUGUCAACCACGUGCAUAUUCUUAGGCUUAUUGGUUAUUGUCAAGAUGCUACUCAACAGUUACUUGUAUAUGACUAUCUUCCAAAUGGAAAUGUUGGGAAUCAUCUAUAUGAUGCUGAAGGUUUACCUAUUGGAAAGUUGGGCAUAAAGCACAGGCUAUCGAUUGCUUUGGGAGCAGCCAAAGGACUUGCGCACCUUCACAGUUUGGUGCCUCCUCUUCUGCACAUGCAUUUUGGUACAAGCAAUGUUCUACUGGAUGAAAGCUUUACUGCCAAGGUGUCUGAUUAUGGACUAACCAAAUUGCUAGUGGGUCAUCAUGCUGGCUCAUCUUCAGCCGUAGAUUGCUUUCGUGACCCAGAGUUGGAUUCAUCAAAGAAGUUUUCAGAGAUAAGUGACGUGUACAGUUUCGGGGUCUUCUUACUGGAAUUGAUCAGUGGACGUGAAGCAAAUGCAAGAAACCAGUUGAACUCGGGGGAUAAUUUAAUAUUGCAGGCGAAGGAUUGCAAGGAUUUGGACAGAUUUGUUGAUGAAACAUUAGGUGGCAUGUCAAGGCAAACUGCAAAACAGAUGAUGGAGCUGGCAUUGAUGUGUAUAGAUGGGAGCGAACGAAGGCCGCAGAUGCAGAUUGUUGUGGAGGAGCUAGAACGAAUUCGUCGAGGGAGAGAAAGUAACCAUUUUCAUAUAGAAGUUGAUGAGGAGAUAGGUGCUGUGACUCUUGGGAGUGAGCUUUUCAAAUGAGUUCCUUGUAUCAGUGUCUUCUCUUCAUUCUUUUAUAGAUUUGAUUGAUUUGUAAUUAAUUACACAAGAAAAAUAUAUGAUACUAAAAGCAUUGUUGAGUACAUGAAUCAAAUGAAAAUAGUAAAAGUUUAAAAGUUCAGGGUUCAA